AUGGGAUACUGUAGUGUGGUGGUGAGCGUGUUGGCGCUGACGGCGCUGGCGACGGCCGAGCCGUCAAUCAGAGACAAUUCCUUGGACGGUGGGGAGCGGGUGCUGCUCGUGUCUCCAGUGUUGGCCCCUCCUAGGGACUCCAGGACACAUGACACGACGAGGUCAAGGCAGUUCCCCAUACUAGUGCUACUUGCUCAGGCGAACCCAUCGUAUGGUCGUCUGGAGCCCGAGGCCAAGUCCUUAAAAGGCAACCCGCAACCAAUUUACGUGAAGAAACUCGAAGACCAGGACAAACCUGAAAACCUGAACAGACAGAAGCGCCAUCUACUGAAGAAGAAAUUAUUAGGUCACGGUCACCAUCACCACGGCGGUUACGAUGGUGGAUACGGCGGUGGUAACGGAGGUGGCUACGGAGGCGGAUACGGCGGCGGCGGUGGUUACGGCGGAGGCGGUGGAUUUGGCUACGGCGGUGGCGGCGGCGGAGGUGGCGGCUACGGUGGAGGUGGUGGCUACGGCGGAGGCGGUGGCUACGGCGGCGGCGGUGGUCAUGGCGGCGGCUACCAACCUAACUACGGUCAUGGCGGCGGUGGUUGCGGAGGCGGAUGUGGUGGCAACGGAGGCUACAGUAGUGGCACUGCCACCGCUACCGCUACCGCUACCGCUACUGCUACUGCUACUGCAGGCGGCGGUGGUUAUGGAAAACGUUAA